CUCACCGAACUCACCGGACUCACCAGACUCAGACCACAAGAUGAGGGAGAUCGUGCACAUCCAGGCGGGACAGUGCGGGAACCAGAUCGGGACUAAGUUCUGGGAAGUGAUCAGCGAUGAGCACGGCAUCGACCCUGCGGGCGACUACGUGGGCGACUCGUCUCUGCAGCUGGACAGAGUCAACGUCUACUACAACGAGGCGUCCUCACAUAAAUACGUCCCCCGGGCCGUGCUGGUCGACCUGGAACCAGGAACCAUGGACAGUGUUCGCUCAGGAGCCUUCGGACAACUCUUCAGACCCGACAACUUCAUCUUCGGUCAGACAGGCGCCGGGAACAACUGGGCCAAAGGUCACUACACGGAGGGGGCGGAGCUGGUGGACUCGGUGCUGGACGUCGUGAGGAAGGAGUGUGAGCACUGCGACUGUCUCCAGGGUUUCCAGCUGACUCACUCCCUGGGGGGGGGCACGGGCUCGGGGAUGGGCACCCUGCUGAUCAGUAAGAUCCGAGAGGAGUUCCCCGACCGGAUCAUGAACACCUUCAGCGUCAUGCCGUCCCCUAAGGUGUCGGACACGGUGGUCGAGCCGUACAACGCCACGCUGUCCGUGCACCAGCUGGUGGAGAACACCGACGAGACCUACUGCAUCGACAACGAGGCGCUGUACGACAUCUGCUUCCGCACGCUGAAGCUCACCACCCCCACCUACGGGGACCUCAACCACCUGGUGUCGGCCACCAUGAGCGGCGUGACCACCUCGCUGCGUUUCCCCGGGCAACUCAACGCCGAUCUCCGCAAGCUGGCCGUCAACAUGGUGCCGUUCCCUCGACUGCACUUCUUCAUGCCGGGCUUCGCUCCUCUGACGGCGAGGGGCAGCCAGCAGUACCGAUCGCUCACCGUGCCCGAGCUCACCCAGCAGAUGUUUGACGCCAGGAACAUGAUGGCGGCGUGCGACCCUCGCCACGGACGCUACCUGACCGUGGCCGCUGUCUUCCGCGGGCCCAUGUCCAUGAAGGAGGUGGACGAGCAGAUGCUGAACGUCCAGAACAAGAACAGCAGCUACUUCGUGGAGUGGAUCCCCAACAACGUGAAGGUGGCGGUCUGCGACGUGGCUCCCCGGGGGCUCAAGAUGGCCGCCACCUUCAUCGGCAACAGCACGGCCAUUCAGGAGCUGUUCAAGAGGAUCUCCGAGCAGUUCUCGGCCAUGUUCCGCCGAAAGGCCUUCCUGCACUGGUUCACGGGCGAGGGCAUGGACGAGAUGGAGUUCACGGAGGCGGAGAGCAACAUGAACGACCUGGUGUCCGAGUACCAGCAGUACCAGGACGCCACGGCCACCGAGGAAGAGGAGGACUUUGAGGACGAGGAGGAUGAGAUCAUUGAGUGAGUGAAGGUCUGAGAGAACAACGGCGGGUUGAGUGAUGCGAACAUUCGUCAAACGACUUGUCAGCAGCUGCAAAACUCUGACCAGAAAUCCUAAAGACUUUUAUUCACGAGAGUCCCACCAACAGAGGGCGCUAGUUUCUCUCCACACUCACCAGAGUCAUUCUCUCACCUUUACCACGGAGUCUUUGUGCCUGGAUGUCAGACUCUGACCACAAGGGGGCGUCAGAUCACAAAACACUUGUGUGUUUAUUGUUGUUUACGUUGAUAAUGUCAGUUUUUGGAUUUUAAAGAAAAAACUCUAAUCUACUCAAACUCUAAAGUGGAAGAAAUAAUUGUUUACAGAAUCUAACACUCUCUGUUCUGUUUGAGUGUUUUUGGACACGUGAGGAAGUCGUGAGCGGGGAAAUAAAAACGUUAAAUGUC